GAACCUCACCAAGGGACGAACACACCUCUGCUCGUGGGUAUAUUACGGCGCCCACACCUCGCCUGGCCAAGUCUCCUGCAGGCAGCCAUGGGUAAACAAAGUGGCCUCGUCUCCUGUCUAGCGCUCCUCCUAGCAGUAACACCUGCAGGAGUGAGUGCCGAGCGGUGUGCCGUCAUCACCUUCGAUCACGAGUGGGAUGGAAACUACGCUGCAAACUUUACGUCUCAGUCUGAGAUUCCCUUCAAAGGCCUCGAUGCCUUGUUCACGUUUGACCACCCUGUCAAGUCAGUUUCCAAUUGGGGUGGCUCCGCCGAGGUGAUAGACGACAUACAUGUCAGAAUGUACAACGACAAUCUCUUCGUGGAAACUGGCGCCUACUGCACGUUUGGGUUUCAAGUAUCGUACUCCGGCGACACCCGACCAGAAGUCAUCGCCAUUGACAUGAACGGCCAGGAUGCCUGUGACGGAACAUUGUCAUGGACCACAACAGAACCAUACAUCAACCCAUGCGAGGAAACUGGAAUGGCACCCUAUGAUUACCCUCAGGCGCUAUGCAUGUCUUUCCUGUUCUACGAGGCGCAGCGUUCUGGAGUCCUGCCCCCUGACCAGCGUGUCAAGCCCUGGAGGUGGGACUCUGCCCUAAACGACGGUGUCGACGUGGGCCACGAUCUGACUGGAGGCUACUACGACGCUGGUGACCAUGUCAAGUUCGGUUUCCCGAUGGCUGUGACUACCACUGUGCUGGCGUGGGGACUCAUCGACUUCCCUAUGGGAUACGAACAAGCAGGUCAGACGGAGUACGCCAGAGCGGCGGUGAAGUGGGCUACAGAUUAUUUCCUCAAGGCACACACUGCCGAGUAUGAACUUUAUGGACAGGUGGGGAAGGGAUCAGAUGACCACGCCUUCUGGGGACGUCCCGAGGAUAUGUACAUGAAAAGACCAGCCUAUAAAAUUAACAGAGAAAAUCCAGGAACGGAGUUGGCCUGCGAGACUGCCGCCGCCCUCGCAGCAGCUUCCAUAGUAUUCGAGGGAAUCGAUGACGAGUAUUCCGCCAAGCUGCGAGAAGUGGCCAAGGAACUGUAUGCCUUUGGAGAUGAGCACCGCCUCGAGUAUCACCUCUCCAUCACCGACGCAGAGGCAUUCUAUAGGUCCUGGAGCGGGUACGGAGACGAGCUGCUGUGGGGAGCACUUUGGCUGUACCGCGCCACAGGGGAUGAGGCAUACCUGACUAAGGCUCAAGAAGCGUGGGAUGAGUUCAGCUUGGGCGAAAAAGCCGAGCAAUUUUCAUGGGAUGACAAGAAACCCGGUGCUUAUGCUCUUGGCUCAAUGGUGGACAGCACCAACACCAAGUACGCAGCGGCCCUGAAGGAGUUUUUGCGUCACGUGCGCGAAGACUCCAAAUACACGCCUGACGGUCUCGUCUUUCUCGACGUGUGGGGAGCCAACCGACACGCUGCCAAUGUUGCCUUCCUCGCCCUUUGGGCGUCCAAAUACGGCGAUCCCGCUGACGAGGCCAUCAACCUUUUGUGGGCUGUCAGUCAGAUAAACUACAUUCUCGGGGACACCGGCCACUCUUUCGUGGUGGGCUUUGGUGUUAAUCCUCCGCAACGUCCCCACCACCGCUCCAGCUCGUGUCCCAUCCCUCCCGACUCGUGUUUCCUCAACAGCUGGGGACAGACUCAGCCAGGACCGAACCCACACAUCCUUUAUGGUGCCCUGGUUGGAGGUCCCGCAGAGGACGGCACCUACGAGGACGACCGCGAGGACUACGUGCACAACGAGGUGGCUUGUGACUAUAACGCCGCCUACACUGGUGCUCUGGCGGCCAUUAUUGAAAGAAACAACUAGAAGGACGAAAUUCUCUCUCUCUCUCUCUCUCUCUCUCUCUCUCUCUCUCUCUCUCUCUCUCUCCAUCCAUAUUAAUGGUCGAUGCAAAGUAAAUUCUAAAGCAAAAACCACAGUAGUUUCUAAAACAAAACAUAAAUUGUAAUGGUUCAUGCCUCUAGAGGACUAACUGUCAGGUAAGCUAACGUAAAAAAAAAAGUUAAAAUAAAAAUAAAUAAGAUAAGAAAAUGGCCUAAUACCCACGCCAGGGUGAUGGCAAAAAAAAAAAAAAAGUAAGCACCCGCUUAAAGAUUCAAAGCACAAAAUAAAGACAUUUUUUUUUUUUUUUCAAAUAUAACACAAUUGGAUUCUAUGUGAUCCUCUUAGAGAAGCGAGACACAGGAAUCUUCACAUCUUGUGUAGGAGUUCACUUCACCUUGUGUCAUAAGAAAAAGCCAUGAGGAGUUGUCAGUCUCGGACUAUAGUGGUGAGUGCUCCCCACCAGCCAAUAGUUAGAAAAGUUAACGUGUAGCUAUCGUCUUACGAAUAUUAAGAGAGAUUAUCACAAUUGUGAUCUCGGUAAGUACCACAAUAACAUUGUCUAAUACUGCUUUCUAUAAGCCAGUCUGAAGUGGUUGGGGCUUCAAGACUGGGAACCACCUCUCAAGUAGUUCAUGCUUCCUCGAGAGUGAAUUGUUUUCCCUGGUAUUAUUUUCUUGUCACAGGUGGUUGGUUUGUUCUCAAGAGUGACUUAUCCAGGUGAAGCCGAUCUCACAGGUUGCCUAUAUACACGCCCUGUCAGAGCAGCCAGUUAUCGUUUCAGUGUACCCUCGACACACUGAUAAAAUUGCCAGAUCUUUUCUUUUCCAAAUAAAUCUCAUUCAUUCUUCUA